CUCGUCGCCGAAUGCGCCACGGCGAAAUUCCGCUGACAAAAGCCGCGGCGAAGUAGCGGCGUCGGGCCGGACCGCGCGAGGAGAGCCCCGGUGUUUUCCACGAGUUUCGCGUGCGACUACGAAUCGGCCGCCGCGGCGGGCCGCGACGCGACGCGCCGCAGCCAGUGUCAACGUGAGAUAAGCAGCGGAGAAUCACGUGGUCACGUGAAACGCGCGGACGUUGACGUCGCAGCGAGGCAGCGCGAGGGAUGCGCUCGCCCGUGUUCGCGAGUGAUCGCCGCGGCAGCGCGGCCGCCGCGACCGCGUAGUCCCCGCGUGGUCGCGCACGCGGACGGAACAGUACACGUCGCAACAGUUGUGCACCGCCGUCGCAGUCUCGCGUGCGAGCCGCGGCCGAGGAUGCCGGUGUGAAGUGGAGAACGAGAAAAAGAGGAAAAAAUAUAUAUAUAUACGGAACGCUCCGCGAUCCUUGCAUGUUGUAAAUUUUACCUAUCGCCCCGAGGAUACACCCAGAGAAACAAGGCAAAAUGGCACAAAUGGAGCAGCAAUUACCGCUUCCAAUGCCAGAUUUAAGUACCCUUCGUAUAACCACAGCCGUCUCCAUGCUCGGCAAAGCGUAUGGAUGUGGCCAGUGUAAUGCCCCCCCACCUGGACCCUCAACUAGUGGCGGUUCUGUUGGGACAGCGGGAGUAGCGGCGAGUAGUGUCGCAGCUCCCAGCAAUAUGGGGCUUGUUCCCGCCCAACAGGCACACACUCCUCCUCAACCUACAGAACUGCCAAUGUUUACGUGCCCUCGAAGACCAAACAUAGGACGAGAAGGUAGACCGAUCGGUUUGAGAGCUAACCAUUUUCAAAUUAGUAUGCCACGUGGCUAUGUACAUCACUACGACAUUAGCAUACAACCUGAUAAAUGUCCUCGGAAAGUUAAUAGGGAAAUUGUAGAAACGAUGGUUCAUGCAUAUACUAAAAUAUUUCAAUCUCGUAAGCCUGUGUUUGACGGCAGAAAUAACUUGUACACAAGGGACCCCUUGCCUAUCGGGCAUGAUAAAGUAGAAUUAGAGGUCACACUGCCUGGUGAGGGAAAAGACCGAGUUUUCCGAGUUGUCAUAAAGUGGUUGGCGCAGGUUUCGCUGUUUGCUUUAGAAGAGGCUUUAGAAGGGCGAACUAGACAAAUUCCAUAUGACGCUGUUCUCGCUUUAGAUGUUGUAAUGAGGCAUUUACCAUCUAUGACAUACACUCCAGUAGGUAGAUCGUUCUUUAGUACGCCGGAAGGGUACUACCAUCCGUUAGGCGGAGGCAGAGAAGUGUGGUUUGGAUUCCAUCAGUCGGUGAGACCGUCGCAAUGGAAAAUGAUGUUGAACAUCGACGUCUCUGCCACUGCCUUUUACAAAGCGCAGCCAGUUAUAGAGUUUAUGUGCGAAGUGCUGGAUAUCCGAGAUAUCAAUGAACAGAGGAAGCCGCUCACGGAUUCUCAGAGGGUGAAAUUUACCAAAGAAAUCAAGGGUCUCAAGAUUGAAAUAACUCACUGCGGAGCUAUGAAGCGAAAGUACAGAGUGUGCAAUGUUACACGCAAACCAGCUCAAAUGCAAUCAUUUCCAUUGCAACUGGAAAAUGGACAGACAGUUGAGUGUACAGUUGCCAAAUACUUCUUAGAUAAGUACAAAAUGAAGCUGCGCCACCCACAUCUUCCUUGCUUGCAAGUCGGCCAAGAACACAAGCACACGUAUCUGCCGCUCGAGGUUUGCAAUAUUGUCGCCGGACAGCGCUGCAUUAAAAAGCUGACAGAUAUGCAGACCUCAACUAUGAUCAAGGCAACAGCGCGUUCCGCACCAGAUCGCGAACGGGAAAUUAACAAUCUAGUUAGAAGGGCCGACUUUAACAAUGAUUCUUAUGUACAAGAAUUUGGAUUGACUAUAUCGAAUAGUAUGAUGGAAGUCAGGGGUCGUGUACUACCUCCACCCAAACUGCAGUAUGGAGGGCGCGUAAGCUCCCUUAGUGGACAGACGAAGCAGCAAGCGAUGCCCAACCAAGGCGUGUGGGAUAUGCGCGGCAAGCAGUUCUUUACUGGAGUCGAGAUCAGAGUGUGGGCGAUCGCUUGUUUCGCGCCCCAGAGAACAGUACGCGAAGAUGCGUUACGUUCGUUCACAACGCAACUACAGAAAAUUAGUAAUGAUGCCGGCAUGCCCAUCAUUGGGCAGCCAUGUUUUUGUAAAUAUGCUACUGGACCAGAUCAGGUCGAGCCCAUGUUUCGAUACUUGAAGUCGACUUUCUCGCAGUUGCAGCUAGUUUGUGUUGUUUUACCAGGCAAAACUCCUGUAUAUGCUGAAGUGAAAAGAGUAGGAGAUACUUUAUUGGGCAUGGCAACUCAGUGUGUACAAGCGAAAAACGUCAACAAAACGUCGCCGCAAACAUUAUCCAAUCUCUGUCUUAAAAUAAAUGUCAAGUUAGGAGGCAUCAAUAGUAUUCUAGUACCUAGCAUAAGACCAAAAGUGUUUAACGAGCCGGUUAUAUUUCUUGGGGCUGAUGUGACUCAUCCACCUGCGGGAGAUAACAAGAAACCCAGCAUAGCUGCGGUAGUGGGCAGCAUGGAUGCCCAUCCAUCUCGAUACGCAGCAACUGUUAGGGUUCAGCAGCAUAGACAAGAGAUCAUUCAGGAACUCAGUUCGAUGGUUAGGGAAUUGCUUAUAAUGUUUUACAAGAGCACAGGCGGAUACAAGCCGCAUAGAAUAAUUCUGUAUCGCGACGGUGUCUCCGAGGGCCAGUUCCUUACCGUUUUGCAACACGAAUUGACUGCUAUUCGUGAGGCGUGUCUCAAGCUCGAGAUCGACUACAGACCCGGCAUAACGUUUAUCGUCGUGCAGAAGAGACACCACACGCGUCUGUUUUGCGCGGACAAAAAGGAGCAAAGUGGUAAAAGCGGAAAUAUUCCGGCGGGCACAACUGUUGACGUAUGCAUAACUCAUCCGACCGAGUUCGAUUUUUACCUCUGCAGUCAUCAGGGUAUCCAGGGUACAUCGAGACCGUCGCAUUAUCACGUUCUUUGGGAUGACAAUCACUUCGAGAGUGACGAGUUGCAGUGUCUCACGUACCAAUUGUGUCAUACCUACGUCAGAUGCACACGAUCCGUUAGUAUACCAGCGCCGGCGUAUUACGCUCACCUCGUAGCGUUCCGGGCUAGAUAUCACUUGGUCGAGAAAGAACACGAUAGCGGAGAAGGAUCUCAUCAGUCGGGCUGUAGUGAAGACCGAACACCGGGUGCAAUGGCACGGGCGAUCACAGUUCACGCCGACACGAAGCGAGUUAUGUACUUCGCAUAAUUCUUUUGUCGUGUCGAGUUGAACCAUCAUUUGAUGUCAUUGACGGUGUUGUCUUCACGAAGAAACGAUUGUACAUAAUUGCGACUCCGCGACCAGAUGUGAGAAUCUUCGUAGGCAGCCGGGAUCGCAGCACGUUGCGUCACAAAUUCUCGGACUAUUUAACAGUUAGGGCAAUUCAACUGAUCAAUUUUCUUGCGUACCUUCUGUCGGCUUCUAUUCCUUGUUUUUUUUUCUUCUUCACUUUCCUUUUCUUUUUUUUAAGUCUAUAUGACAGCUUUUUUUAUAUACGUGGCACUGGAUGUUUUAUUUACACUGUAUAGAAAAAGCGAAUUUUCGAUUGACUUUAUGAACUUAUAGAGUAAGUUUUUACGAGAGGUGCUUAUGCAGUUUAUAAAUCAGAUUAAGGAUGUUUUGCACGUUUGGGUAGUGAAGUCGUCUGCGGUCGAAGUAGGUUGGAAAUUGUACUAAACGAGAUAAUUUUUUGUAAAAAUUAUGCUUGGUAAGAUCACGGAGGGAAUUUCGACUUCUCUCAAAUUAACUAACAAACUAAAUGGAUUUCAGUUGUAUUACUGGGGUACAAUUGCACGAUCUAAUAUUUACUCGAUAAAAUUUGUGUAGCAUAUUACGCUUAUUUUUUUAGGGAACGAAUUUUCCCUAGCAUUUCUAUGGAAAGAGAAAAGAUGGGACAAAGAAACAAAAAAAAUAACCUGGACAAACAUGAAGUAUAUACAUCGCUAUUUGCGAGACUGUUAUCUUGUUGCAUGUGUGUAUAGCUUUCAUUUCGCGAAGAGUGAAACUCCAUUCUGUAAAUUGUGUAAAUUUUAGACUUAAUCAUGCUGAAGUGAUUGGCUUGAAAAGUAAAUAUCGGUUUAUGAUGAUUGUAAUAUCUUUAGGAAUCAUAUAACGUCAUAUCCGUUGAAUUACAACGCCACAAAAAAAAUCAUGUCGAGAAAUAACGCUAUCUUUUAUAUAAUGCACUUUUAACCGGUCUGAAAAUUGAAGACUAGAUUAUGUUGAAGUAAUCCUGAAGUAUUCUUAAAACCGAUGGACAUCAACACCAACUCACGUGGUACACUUUGGCUGAGCGCAGCAUAGUAGAUAAGAACGGACAUAAUCUUCAUACAUAAAGACAGCUGUAUGUAGUGGAAGUAGUCGGGGAGUGUUACGUAGAGCACGCGCGUUAUUUAUAAUAUAUGACUUCCAAUAUGAUUUAGCAAUGGCUAGUGUCCAUUUGAGAGAAAUAAUCGUCAAUCUCUUUCGAUAGUCAUGUUUUGAUUAAUAAUCAAUAUGACUAUGACGUAUCAUAGAAGAGUCACUUUCUUAUUCUUAUAUCAUUACUGUCUUCAAUUCUAUGAGAGUUACUCCCAGAUAGACACUAAGCUUUAGGAUCCAAAUUUAGCAUAAGUAAUUGAAUUAACUAUCGUUAUUUUAUUUUACUGUUGCUAAUCGUUAGGAUGUACAUUUUUAUUCGUCUCACUUUAAUUUUUCAUUAGACCGUUAUCGUCUGCACAUUGCACAGCUCAUAAUCUAUGCUUACGUCAGCUAUAUAUUAAUGACACUGCAGAGAACUAGGGCACAACCUUGCCGAUACAACUUUAUCUGUGUUAAACGCCCCUUAAACCUGGUGGUUACAAGUCUAUUAAAAAAGGAAAAAAAAAGAAAAACGAAUGAUCUGUGUUAUAAAUGUGUCACACGAAAAUGCCGAGAAUGAAAGUAAAAACGGAUAUCCGUGUCUGGUGUCCGAGAUGAGCCGGGAUAUUAUCUAAUCAGAUAAAAGAUGGCUAUGAUUAAGUCGAAUUCACAUGGCGUUAGAUACGAGCUGAAGACGAAAUCUCGUCGGAGCAUGCAAAGAACUACUGAAAAUAAAUCGAACGUCGCGUCGAUAUAGUGCGAUACAGUCGAUAUAGAAAUUAUCCAAACGUCAACUGUAACAGUAAUUGUAACAGUAAUUAUGCUUUAGCAGUGAAGUAAGAUUAGUUGUAGGAGUAUUAUAAGAGUAAGAUUUUUUUUUAUUAGUUUUGAAAGAGUAAUUGUUGCUUGAUAAUGCCAAACCCUAGAAGUUUUUGUAUUUUUACUCUAAUAAUCGCGACUCUUGUGCAAAUCUAUGUCAUCUGUUGACACAAUAAUUCUAGUAAUAUUAAGCAAGCCUUGAAAACGACAUAUAUAAUCCAAUCUCUAUAGAUAGGAUCGUAUAUUAAUAGAACAAAGAUUCUGUUAAUAUACGAAUAGGAAUUAUAUAUACUAACCUAGACAUAAUUAUGUAUCAAUUGUCGCGUUAAAUUAUUAUUAUGUAUUAUUAUUAUUAGAAUCAUUAAUAUAUCAAGAUCUCUUUUUUUAUUAUUAUAUGAGCGCUCGCUCGUAGGAAUUGAAUUCCUACGUUACAAUCAGUCACGAUCCAUAUUUGUACAUCAGUAUUAAUAAUAACAAUGCUUAUACUCGGAGAUAGAGAAUAUUCUUGGAAAAUUGUCUUUUUCGAUCCACCGAUGGGGUAAAAGAGUGGGAGUGUUAUUUUUGACUGUAUUAAUGAUUCUAAUGUUAGAUUUAUAUUAAAGAAUACAAUGUUAACAUGAUAUCGGAAAGUAUGGAAAGAGGACCCCUUAAUCUAUUAGUAAUAUUUAUUUUAGUUGUUAAAGUAAAGGACGGAAAUUACGGAUGAUCUCUUUUCCGGCGCACUGAAACGCGAGCAUCCGCGCCGUACAGGAGAUCUGUAAUGGGCUUUUAUUGUCUACAAAACCUGUUCGGGGGCGAUUUAAUAGGGGUAGUUGGGAGAGUGUAAUCAGGACAACUGAUUAACCGAUUGGAACAAUCUAUAUCUAUUAAAUUAGAUGUAAGGAGAACAGUAAAACAAAGAAAUGGGAAAGAUUAUUAUUCGCGUUGUUGAGGAUGCACCUUAUGCGAAUGGCACAUCAACAUAACGGUUCGUCAUCUUACGUAACUGUAGCUGACAAUGAGUGAUAUGAAGGAAUAGGCAGAUUAUAGGGCCAUUUACGGAUGAUUACUGAUAAAUUAGAUUUUAAGGCGAAUCACGAGUGAAUAAGUUAGCCGCGAUAAUAUUAUCGAUAAUAUUAUUCCAGUGAAUACCAAAACGAGACUGGGUCUGUCGCAAGAUUUAAUUGACUCUCGAAGUUUCAAGUCGAGUGCGUUAAUAGCGUAGGACGAGCGUGCAUUCGGCGAUUGAAGUAACCUUCCCUUCAGAGCUUGCAUUCUGCUAAUAUUUGACUCGUAUUUAUAUCCGUAAUCAAUUGUUGUAUCGCGUCGUCGGCGAAGAACGAAAAGAAACUAACGCGUUGCCAAGCGAGCAUAUACUAAACGUUAUUAACGCACUUUUCUCUCUAUAACAUUCUUCAUGUAUGUAUGUAUCUCUGUGUUUUUAUCUCCUCGCGUCCUUAAGCGAAUGAGAACUCCCGCUCGAUAUUUUCCUGAACAAAACAGAAAAAUAGGACUAGAAAAAGACUAGUCCCUCUUAUUUGUAAAUACAUUACGGUAAUUUAUUCUGUAGAUGAUCUCCUUUUCGGCAAUGUAAAUGACACAUUUUAUAGUAAGAUGCGAGAUUAACGAGACAAGAAUGUAUUCUAUUGCGCAAGAUAUUGCAAAAUUUCUUUUUCUCUUAAUAGCAGAUCGCUUGACUAUUAUAAGGUUGAGCUUCUUUUAACGGAUGUUGAAUUAGGAGGCCAUUAAGUCGCAAUUUUAUAACUCGGUGUUUUUAAAUUGUGCUAUUCUGCCAAACAUAUAAGAGAGAGAGAUUUUGUCAUUUAUUCAGCUUGAUCUACAGGUUUUUAACUUUCAAUGUUCAGCAGACUAUAAGCCUUAGCGAAAGCCUUUCGAGCCUGAUCGAGAAAAACUUGAGAUUCGUUAGAGAAUUCGCAAUUUCUGGUGAUUAACAUUCAAACUCUUCGAGCGCAUAAAACUGGAAUAUAUGAAAAAAAGAGUCCGAAGUGAAGAAAUAAAGAGUAACUCCUAGAAGAGACGCUUAAUAGCAUGAGAUGUAAAGUUUAGUGUAAGAUAAAUGAGAUACUCGCGAUUGGAUGGGCCUCCUAUAGAUACAUGGUCCGCCUUGCUGUUUAGCGUUUAGCGUGAGACACGAUCGUGUCUCGCGGUAAUUUAUAUUUGUAUAUCUAAUUAUAUAUAAACGAGUACUCACACACACACAUACACACAGCAUACACAUAAAUUAUAGUAUAAUUAUGAUACCUUGUAAAAAUCUACAUGUCGUCUUAGCGCACAUAAAAAUACUAAGCUCUAUAUUGUCUUGAAAAGUCGAGUGCGUGUCUGCUUUCGUGAUCUCAGUCUCCCAAACUCGUGGUGUAAAAUGCAAAUGAGACAAGUGCGCAUAAAUAGCUGCUAGCAGCUAAACGAAUUCACGAUUGUACGAUAUUAAUGUACAAAAUUGUUACGUCUAGGGAUAUAAAUUUUCUCUUAUCUAUAUGAGAAAUUGACGCAAUGUAUCGAGAUGAAUAGACUGAGCACGCGAAGAGUGUCCUCUUUUACAAGAUUUCCGUUCUGUUUGGGGGACGCGCACGUCGAAAGUGGAAGGUACCGAGACUCUUCAAGCUUUCCCACUAAAUUUUACGCCUCCUCGAGGUGUGUCGAAGGACGGGAAUCUUUAGCUUUUUAAGAAUAAUUGCACCGUAUAUUGUAAGAUCGUUACUACUUAAGGCAUGUGCGAAAGUGCAGGUUUCAAAGUGUCAGCUUUAAGAGUGCUAGCGGAUCAAUAGUGGCGUUUCACGAUAGCGUACGUGACGACAGGGAGCGAUAUUAGCGUUAGGUGUAUAGGCCCUUAGGAGCUCUAGUUUUGUCUUCUAAUUUCCAAGUGUGUGUAUAUGCUGUUACUGACCGGGUACGCAUACCGCACCGAGUAUGUUACACGGACGGGUGUCACAUUGAGAGGGGGAGGAGGACUUUUGCGAGAGAAGGCAUAGCAAUGCAGAAUAGAAAAACGACGACGUAGUAAUUUAGCAUUGUAACGCUUUAUAGACCAUAGUCGAUGGGGGGGAAACGAUUUUGGUCGAAUUUCGAGCGUCUCAAUCCGGCGGCCGCGCGCUUUUCUUCUGUCCUGUUGUUGUUGUUUUUUUUCGGUUUAACAAUUAACGUUUACAAUCAGGAGGAAAGAGGGAUGACUCGCCCUCCACGUUUAUACUUGAUUCCGUCGAUCGAUUUUCCGCGAGUAGUCUGUAGCGUCUACUUCUUUUUUUGUUUUUCAAGUGAGCAAAAAUUGGGGAUAAACGAUAGAUCUCGUCGCUCUGUCGGGAAUAUAAUGGGUAACAUUUUAACGGGAUCGCAUGCACCUUAUUCGACGAAUGUUUCCAUUGUGAUCAACUUGUCUGUUAAUCCACGAUUGCGCCCCACUUGCCGCGCGAAAUUCCGAUUUGAAUGAUGUAACAACAGCGAAAACUGGAUCUCUGUUGAGAAAUGCGAGUUUCUUUUUUUUUCUUUAUUAUCAAAUAAAAUACAUGUAAGAGAGUUAUAUAUUAAAACUGCCGAGUACCAGUCUUCAUUAAAGAGAUUAGGCGCCUCUCUUUUACAUUGAUAACGGAGCGUCUUUUUUAAAUCGCGUUACAUUGCGGUGGCUCGCGUGUUUCCACCGACACUUUUAAAAUUAUCUUAAAAUCCCAGAUAUAUUGUCGAUAAUAAAAUGAAAUUUCUAGUCUUUUCACGCGAAAUUUCUGCGAACGUUCAACCUCACGAAUAGACGCAGUAUCGUACGACAGGAUAAAGUAAACGCCAGGAAUAAAUACUUGCUCCUCUGAUAGAUACGGCGCGUAGUAUCGUGGAUUAACGUCGAACAACAUCGCCAACAUUUGACAAGUCGGACGAUCAAUAUAUCUCGUUGCUCUUCUUCGAGCCGAGAGCGAACGGGAGCGGGAAAGAAAUGUGACCCAUUCUAUCUCGAUGUACGAGAAGGGCGAAGAAUGUAAAGUCACGGAAUCGUUCCUAUAAACAUUAGCGAGAGACAACCGAGAUUUUCACAAGGCGAAAGAGAAGCACGGAAGAUCGGUCUCGGCGUAGCCGACGGCCUGGAUGCAUUUUCUUUUCAAGAGCUUGGAGAAUCAAAUAUAAUUGUACAAUUGUAAAACACUAGGAAAAUUAUAAUUAAUUAUAACGAAAUUAAAAGUAUUAUGAUAAUUAAUUAUAAUUCGGCAAAAGAUCCGUUGCGUUAAGGGAAUCUUACAGAAGGGAAUUCCAUUUCGAUUGAUUUCCACUCUCGUGACUCUCGAGCCCUUCGAAAAACCGGACUUGGUCGUUGCACCGAACAUUUAAAAGUACGCUAAUGUUUAUGGCUACGGCCUGCUCGUUCGGAGAGCACACAAUAUCAAUUGCACUGAGAAGCCGGCGAUAUCCCACC